AUGGCUUUGGUGCAAUAUUCUGAAUCUGAGUCUGAAGCAGAGAACGAUCCCCCUCAGCCCCCAGCAAAAAGGCCCCGUCAAGCCGCCAACAAUCCAUCUUCCUCACUCCCACCCUUACCAGCCGCGUUUCACGAUCUCUAUGCCUCCAGCACUCGUGUCAGCGUGACCGACGACCCCAGUCUCCACGGAGGCCGAAAAAGGGUCAUUCCCCAUGUUGAAGGGAACUGGCCGACCCACAUCUACUUGGAGUGGUACCCAUCCAAAGAUGAGCUUUCUAUUCUUAGCGAUGUCAUAGCGCAGAUCAAGGAUAGGCUCGAUGGAAGCACGAUUCAGCUCCACAGCCUACUACAUAGUGAUCUUGGCGCACAACUGCCCCUCCACAUUAGUCUGUCUAGACCGGUCGUGCUACGGACAGAACAGCGACAGUCAUUCUUGGACAUGUUUCAGUCUCAGCUGAAAGAGUCGCAAAUUCCAACGUUCCACGUCUCGACAAAUAGCCUCGACUGUGUCUCAAAUUACGAAAAGACGCGGUGGUUCUAUGUCUUACGUGCGGAAAAGCCAGAGGAAGAUAAUUUGAAUCGUCUUCUUCGGCUGUCUAAUCGAGCCCUGGCGCGGUUUGAACAGCCUCCUCUAUACGAGUCGUCGCAGGAUGUGGCGGCUGAGUGGAAGUCAAAUGGUGGUGGUACGACACUGCCACGGGUGUCAAGCGAGUCUGGCCAGUCUGGCCAGUCUGGGGCUGAUUACUCUCACUGCUUCCAUAUCUCGUUGGCAUGGAGCUUGACGGGUCUAUUGUCUGCAGAGAGGGAGCUGAUCGGAGGUGUGGAUUUGCGUAGGGCACGUGAGUUGAAGGUGCGGUUUGAUUGUGUCAAGGUGAAGAUUGGGAAUCAUGUUUCUAGUAUACCACUGCAGUAG